AUGGUGCAGGAACUUGGUGACGUCAAAGCAGUGACAUGGGCACCGCCAUCUGAUUCUUCCACUGUUGCCAGUGGCGACGAUCUUGCCUUGAAGAAACAACACAGCAAGCAUCACGGCGACCGAGUCAAGUCAAAGCGCGCCAUUGGCGACUACAAUCUCACCUUGACGUUAGGUUCGGGAGGAAUGGGUAAAGUCAAGCUGGCGGUGCACCAAAACGAUUCGCAUAAAAAGCUUGCCGUCAAAAUCAUCCGCCGCCGUGGAUCAAAGGACGACGAUGAGUUCCGUGAAGAACGCACAUUACGAGAAGCGAAUAUCCUGUCUCUACUCCACCAUCCGUACAUUGUCAACCUGAAAGCACCCAUCAUCGUGGAUGACCACUACUACUACCUUAUGAUGGAGUAUGUGAGUGGCGGCCAGCUAUUAGACUACAUUAUUUCGCAUGGGAAGCUUAAGGAGAAGCAUGCGAGACGAUUCGCACGACAAAUUAUGAGUGCAUUAGACUAUUGUCACCGCAAUUCCAUUGUUCAUCGAGAUCUGAAAAUCGAGAACAUUUUGAUCUCGCGUACCGGCCACGUCAAAAUAAUUGAUUUCGGCCUGUCCAAUUUGUUCUCGCCCGACACACCCCUUUCAACCUUUUGCGGCUCGCUUUACUUUGCUGCCCCUGAACUGCUCAACGGCAAGUCCUACAAUGGGCCUGCAGCUGACGUCUGGAGCUUCGGCAUCGUGCUAUACGUUCUUGUAUGCGGCAAGGUCCCCUUUGACGACCAGACCACACAAACUCUGCAUGAAAAGAUCAAAAAGGGCGCCAUAGAAUAUCCUCCGCACCUGACGUUAGAAUGCAAAAGCCUGCUAAACAAAGUCUUGGUCACGAACCCUGGUCACCGAUCCACGGUAUCAGAGAUCAUGGUUCAUCCAUGGAUGCUGCGCGGAUACGACGGGCCUGUUGACAACCAUCUGCCGCCCAGACAGCCAUUGACCCUGCCUAUCGACAUGGCCAUUGUGCGUCGCAUGACAGUGUUUACCAAAUUCGGCACCGAGGAAGAAAUUAAGGAGCAGUUGGAGAAAAUAAUCACAUCCGAACAGUUCCAAGAGGCAACCCGGUUACGCAACCAGCGCUCUGCAUCGCACAGUCGCAAUGGCAGCACGAGCAGCACCGGCUCUGGCUUCUUCUCAUUGCUGGGCAACAGUAGCAGCAAUAGUAACCAUGUUUCGUCUUAUCCAGUCGCCAAAGACGAUCCACAAUCCAUUCCAGAUGCCUACCACCCCUUGGUUUCGGUGUACCACCUUGUCAAGGAACGCAUGGAGCGAGAAGAUGGUGCCGACAAUGUUGUUGUAGAAAAUGAUUUCAACAACACAAGGCGACCCUCUUACUGUGCUUUACCCCCUGGCGAUGCUGCUGUUGCUGCUGCUGCUGCUGCAGCUCAUGCGACCAAAUUCGAAGAAUCGGGUCCUCGCAAACAUCAUCAUCAAAAGAGCGCCAGUUUGGCCAGUGCCACCCUUUUGCCUCCAGCACCGCCACCUGCAUUAAAACCAGCAGCACAAAAGCGUAAUGGACGUGGGCAUAAAAAGGCCAAAUCGUACGCUCCAAUUAUUUCUCCGGCGGAUAACGAACCCAAACCUUCGACAUCAAGCGAAAUCCAUCAGCACGUUAUUUCUCGGAAGUUGAGCACUUUAUUUUCGCGCACCAACCACGCUAAUGGCAGCAGUGGAGAGACGAGUACCACCAUCAACAACAACAGCAAUAACAGUAGCAACAGUAAUAGCACCACAACAAACGAAGUGAAUGCAGACGAACACGUCCGACCAGUGUUCCUCAAGGGUCUAUUUUCCAUGACUACCACCUCCACAAAGUCGCCAGCUGUCAUCCGCAAUGAUCUUACCCACGUGCUCAAGGAUAUGAGCAUCGACUGGUGCGAAACCCAAGGCCGGUUUGAAUGCACGGAGCAACAACAGUCAGUUUGCUUUGAGAUACACAUUGUCAAGGUCCCCUGGCUUCUUGGCAUGCAUGGGCUGCAGUUUCGACGAAUCAGUGGCAACUCAUGGGAAUACAAAAAUAUUUGUAGUAGCAUUUUGACUGCUUUGAAGUUAUAA